AAGAUAAAAUUUUUUUUAGCCGUUAUCCUACUAAUAUAAUAUCUAAAAAUAUGGACAAAUAUUCUGCAUUAUUCCAUCUAAAAAGGCGGACACUUUAUCUUGAAUCAAAUCUUGAUAAAAUAAUAAGAAGAGAAUGCGUUCAAAAGUUUUAUUAUUGGUCUUCAUUUCUAUGAGUCAAAAUAUCCAUUGUAAAGAAGUUCUUGGUUCAGAAUGUAAUCCUGCUAUAAAAUGUGUAAACUCCACCUCAUUCGCGUUUUGUGUACGCAUUGGUAGUGAAGAAAAAUUGGUCGCACAUCAGAAUUGUUUGGAAGGCCAGAGAUGUUCGUCCACUGACGGUUUUCAACCAUGCAUCACUGAUCCGACAACCACAACCAGUACAACGAAAGCACCAACCAGUACAACGAAAGCACCAACAACUACAACAGUUUCCCCACCAAAUUGCGAUCAAACUGGACUUGGAGAUUUUCCAGCUGCAAAAUGUAAUCAGUAUUACAGAUGUUCAAAAACGCUGUGGUGGUGGGAUGCAAAUUUAAAAACUUGUCCACAGAAGAUGGCUUUCGAUCCGACAUCAAGGAAAUGUGUUCUUUCAACUGAUUGUAAAUUGGCAGUAAAAUGAUAUCAUUAGUUCAAGUUUUAUGUGUUGAUAGAAUUCAGUUCAGUUCACCUACAAAUAAUAAAAGAAUUCCGAGAAUCAAUAUAAAAUAAUUCAUCAGAAAGAUCCAGUAGGUACCUCAUAUUCAUGUAUUUUAAGAACUCAUUCAAAUUUAAUCAGAAACUACAUGUAGAAUUUUGGGAUAAGUACAUAUAAUCAAUAAAGUUUUUGCAGUUUUUGAAAGAUGAAAAUUAAAAUGUAUUACUAACCAGAAA